GUGAAGUGUGUUGUGGGGUUUCGGCGUAUUAUGUGAAAGACAUCGGUGAAGAUGUGAUGCAAGUUCACAUAUCUGGUGAAGCUUUACUGUCAACUAUUCCAGUACAAUUUGUUUUUAAACACGUUUGCAUAUGCAUAACUUACAUAUUUGUAUAUGCCAAUUAUAGGACACAUCCUUGGAGUUAGCUGUAAAAAGUGAAUACGCUGCGAAGUUUAUUUGUUGUCAAUGACAAUUUUUAUCAAAGACUUAAGAAGUUUUAUACUAAAAGAGAAACAAAAUAUACAAAGGCUUGCGACGAAACGCCAGCCGUUGAAAUCUUGGACACAGAGCGUGAUACAAGGGCAAGAUAAAAAAAAACGCCUACCGAUAAUGUCCUGGAAAAAGAUGAUGCAACGAUGGCGAGCGACGAAACGCCAACCGUUGAAGACGUGGAAACUAAAAAUGAUACCAUGUCGAGACACAAAACGGAAAAAGAAAGUGAUAGAAUGUCUAGAAAAAAAAACGCAAACCUUUGAAGAAGUUGGAAAACAAAGAGAUACGAUGGCAAACAACGAAACGCCUACCGUUGACACAAAAGUACCGCAAACAGUAAAAGCUACGAUGGCGAGUAACGAAACGUCAAAAGUUGAAGACAAGGAAACAGAAAGAGUUCUGAUAGCGAGCAACAAAAUGUCAACCGAUGAAUUCCUUAAAUUAGUAUCAGUACAAAUUUCGAUUGCGAGCACGAAAAUGCCAACCUUUCAUGUCUCGGAAAUAAAAAGUUCUUCGAUGGCGAGCACCGAAACGUCAAAUGCUGUGGUCCUGCAAACACAAAGAAGUACGGCUGCGAGCACCGCAACGACAAUGGUAAAACAUUUGGACGGUGCUCAAUGCAAUGUUGCUUAUUGUCUAGAACUCGCAUAUCUGAGUCUUCCGGAUCACCCCGAUGUCGCCAAAAAGGAUCGAAUGAUGGCGCACGCGGCGAGGUCCCAGCACCAGAUGACAUCAAGCCUGAUGAAAAGAAUCAUAAUAUUUGAUGAUCACAUCAUCAGGACAAUGAUUCCGAUAUUUUUGCGUGCCAUUGAUUCGCAGAUAAUUGAAUAUGCUGAGUCCAUGAAGAUGGAAUCGGAGGACACGCAAAAAAGAACGAAAAUGCCAACCUUUCAUUUCUCGGAAAUAAAAAGUUCUACGAUGGCGAGCACCGAAACGUCAAUUGCUGUGGUCCUGCAAACACAAAGAAGUACGGCUGCGAGCAACGCAACGACAAUGGUAAAACAUUUGGACGGUGCUCAAUGCAAUGUUGCUUAUUGUCUAGAACUCGGCUAUCUGAGUCUUCCGGAUCAUCCCGAUGUCGCCAAAAAGGUUCGAAUGAUGGCGCACGCGGCGAGGUACCAGCACCAGAUGACAUCAAGCCUGAUGAAAAAAUUCAUGAUAUUUGCUGAUCACAACAUCAAAACAACGAUUCCAAUAAUUUUGCGUGCCAUUGAUUCGCAGGAACGGCAAAAAAUUAUUUGCGUUUUUCGUCAGAUAAUUGAAUAUGCUGAGUCCAUGAAGAAGGAAUCGGAGGACACGCAAAAAAAGUUCUACGAUGGCGAGCACCGAAACGUCAAUUGUUGUGUUCCUGCAAACACAAAGAAGUACGGCUGCGAGCACCGCAACGACAAUGGUAAACUAUUUGGACGGUGCUCAAUGCAAUGUUGCUUAUUGUCUAGAACGCGCCUUUCUGAGUCUUCCGGAUCACCCCGAUGUCGCCAAAAGGUUCGAAUGAUGGCGCACGCGGCGAGGUCCCAGCACCAGAAGACAUCAAGCCUGAUGAAAAAAUUCAUGAUAUUUGCUGAUCACAUCAUCAAGACAAUGAUUCCGAUAAUUUUGCGUGCCAUUGAUUCGCAGGAACGGCGAAUAAUUAUUCGCGUUUUUUGUCAGAUAAUUGAAUAUGCUGAGUCCAUGAAAAAGGAAUCGGAGGACACGCAAAAAAGCUACCUCCUUCUUCAAUUGGAGGUUAAAACAUGCAUUAGGUCCGUAACAGAACGAAACAACUACAUCGAAGAAAAAAUCAAGCAAUUAAAAAAGGAACUGGAAAACGAAGAACAGAAGGACAUGGUUGCUGUGGAAAAGAAACAUCUCGAAGAACAAAAGAAAAAGUUGGAAUCAUUGAAUGAAGAGAGAAAUCGGAAACUUCAAGUUGCCGAGGAGCAAGAUCACGCUUACGCUUUCGUUAAGAAUUGGAUCAACAAGAAGAUCAAAAGGCUCAUGACGGGAACCAAAUCAACAGAAGAUUGUAGAAUACAGAAAGAACUUCGUAGUGUCAUUAAGCGCCUGAAUGAGCUUAAAGAGAAAGACAAUAAACAGCUGCAAAAAAAGAAAGAACUCAGAAAUUUGAAAGCUGGCCUGUGCAAUGUCGAAAGUCUGCGUCAUGCCAUUAUCUAUCUCAAAGACGUAGACGGUCAGCUCAAGAGAAUCAUUCAGUUAUGGGAGAACACAGCUACUACACUCAGGUCAUGGAAAGUGAACCUAAAGGAAAUAGAAAUCAUGGAAUACGCAGAACAGUUGAAGAAGUCUACGAUGUAUUUCGAAAAGCACUGCCUAAUAUUUGGCACAAUAUUCCGCAACUAUGUCAAAGAAAGUCACUACAAAAUCACGGAGCUCUACAAUUUCCUGUCAUGCUCUAUAUACCACUCGUCCGAUUCCGAAAGAACGGCGACUCCGUGGGCUCCGAUUUCUUCUGUUUUAAACUGAAUGAAGCCUUAAUGAGAAACUAUUGAUAGAAAUCGCAAGUGUACAAUAUCAUAUGUUAUUUAGUAACCGAUUAUGUCAAAGUAUGUGUAUUUUUUUACAUUUUACCUGGAAUCGAAAGAUACUUUUACAAUGUAUUUAAUGCAUAAAUGUUGAGUGUAUUUACGAUCUUAAAUCGAAAUGCAUACAUAUAUUACUACAAACCGGUAAAUUGUAACGCCUAUUAUGUUUAUUUUUUAUACAAGUAAAGUUGUUUAGGGCAAUCGUUGCAAUACAAACCGUUAUUAUAACUAAAACAGUUGCGGCUGCAAAAUCAGAAACUCCAAUAUAUAAAAACUAAAGGACUAUGUUCACUUAGGGUCGAAAAUGGCCCUAUGGAAUUUAUAAACAAAAAUUACCUGAAAUAAUUAUUUAAUGUGUGUAGUUUUGAAAAACAUAUAUUAAAACCGUUACAACAUAUAUGGUAUGGUUGCCAUGGCAACACAUUCACACAUACCCAUUUUUACAUAAUAAGUGAGUAAUGCUACAUGUAUCCAUUAUUUAAGUAUGUUAAUUAGCAAUAUUAAGAACAAUACAUAGUAUUGCCAAUACAAGUAAUUUGCAUUCUAAAACCUCCGUUUACAUGGUAACCAUUUUUUUGCUGAGACAAAUACAUAUUCAUUGAGUUGUCGAUACUUAACAUUUAUCAAUUGGCAAUUUUCAAGCGCAGUCAUUAUACUCUCAUGAAUAUAUCAAUAAAUAUGGCUGUUGCUGCAUCAACUGUUAAUAUUAAACUUAGUAAAUAUAAAAACCAAUAUUGCGCUUAUAAACGCCAUUGUUCAUGUGCAGUAACACGACAAGUUACAAACUCAAAACUUUAUAAACGGUCAACAAAGAUACAGUCGUCCCUUGCACUAAAAAACAACAACAUACUGUUAACAAAGUUGAUGUGAAAAUAAACAUUAUAACAUGGUUGCUAUAGUAACUUUAUCCACUGAAAUACAUGUCAAGAAAGGUUUUCUAAGAUACUUUCUUAGAUGCUUAUUGACAGGCCGUCUCUGGCGAACUUUAAGUUUGCAUCUGAAAACUAUGCACUUGGACUGAUGCAUCGGAUGAUCCUGCAAUAAAACAUAUUUAAAAUAUAAACAAUACAUCCCUAUCAGUAUUUAUCAUAAAAGGAGCUGUAAUAAGUGUUUUAUAAAAUGGCAUUAUAAAUGUAAUAUAACAUGAAAUGAAUUUACAAAUCUCGUGUACCUUGAUUUUAUUUCAAACUACAUGAUUAGUUUAAUAAAAUAAGAGAGUUUACACUUAA